UUUAUUUAAACUCCAUCAGCUGUUAUUUGCAAAACUUAUAAUUCAGUAAAAAUAUGACUAAUUACCCCAAAUAAAUCUAAAACCAUUUAAAAAACUAAUAGAAAACAAGCCUAGCACAAAAUCACAAUAAGAUAAGCUCAAUAUAAAAUGAUAGAGCAAAAUAAUGAUUGGUGCCCAAAUUAAAAUAAAUAUAUACAAACAGAAGGCUAGGAAAACAAGAACCUUGCCUAGUAAUUGGGUUGCCAUUAUCAAAAAACUCUCCCUAAUAUCUAUCCAUGUUGUCUUAUUAAGUUAAAAAAGGCCUUUAAUAUUGAUUACCUGGCCAAAGAAUAUAUAGCACUUCAUCUUUUUAAAGAAAACCACCUAUACAGUAUUUGGAAGACACUUUGUGGUUUGACUUUAGCUUGGAGGCACUAUUGUCCCAAUCUUGCAAAUGUUUUGGGAUUAGAAUGGAAAAUAAUAACCUAAACGUUGGUACUUCCUUGCAUUAUUAUUUCGGGGAUAAGCCAUCAUCUCCCGCCCUCAGCUGGUUGCCAACUGAAAUCCGCGGAGUAAUAGAGGCGAUUAUGACUUCCUUAACCGAUGAGGUCAUAAGUCAACUCCACCCCUUUACACGAGCUCCACCCCCUGAAGUCAUUUCUGCCAUCUUUGCUAGGGUCGGCAGCUUCUGGACAAUGUUAAGUCUGCCGCCGUCAACCGCACUGCCGCUCUCGCGCUGAAAGAGGGCAGACCUCAUCCAAGAUGGCAUCGCUCGUUUCAACGUCUGAAGGCGGUGCCUAAAAUGGCGUCGGUGGCGCUUGCGCGUUAGAGGACGGCUGUUGGAGAGGGGCCUGGUUAUUUCCAUUGUGUACCAGAGGAGAGAAAGUCUUGAGGUGGUAGCGGCUCUCUCAGAGAGCGACGGAUCAUGGAGCCGGAUCCUGUGGAAGGAGAGGGGUGCGGUAUCAGCCGGCACGAGGGAGUCGGCGGAGUCGCGGGCUCUUCUCCCCCGCUGACCGGACUCCCCGCCUCUCAGCGGCGGGCCGAGAUUCGCCGGCGAAAGCUCCUGAUGAACUCGGAGGAGCGGAUCAAUCGCAUCAUGGGCUUCCAUCGGCCGAAGGCGGACGAUGACAGCCAUUCAGAAACUAAGCUUCAGCUGGAACAGGAUAAACCAAUUUGCCUUCCUGCUCCUGUUUCCAAACGGGUUGUGCUUGGUGAUACAGUCUGCAGUUUAUCAGGAACGGCUGACCACACGAGCAGUUUAGCAGAUCACAAAGGAGAGAAAAUAGACUUAUUUAGCAAAACUCAUGAGGUCGGUAGCGAUGGCAGCAGUGAGCUCCGGCAACGCAAUAGAGGGGAACUGUUUGAUGUUCCACAGAGACCACCACGCCAUGGGUUAGACCAGUAUUUAUCAAGGUUUGAUGAAGCAAUGAAGCUCAGAAACCAGCUGAUGAAUGAGAAGCCAAGCCAAGAAAAUGGAAAUGCUGUGGAGGAAUUUGAUUCCUUUCACAUUUUUAGAUUGGUGGGGUGUGCGCUUCUUGCCAUUGGGGUUAGAGUUUUUGUAUGCAAAUACUUGUCAAUAUUUGCUCCAUUCCUUACUUUGCAACUUGCAUAUAUGGGACUGUCGAAGUAUUUCCCAAAGAAUGAAAAGAAGACAAAAACUACAGUAUUAACUGCUGCUCUUUUACUGUCUGGGAUCCCAGCAGAAGUAAUUAGUCGUUCCAUGGACACUUACAGCAAAAUGGGGGAUGUCUUUACAGACCUUUGUGUUUAUUUCUUUACUUUCAUUUUCUGUCAUGAACUGCUUGUGUUUUUUGGCUCAGAAGUGCCAUGAUAAUAGCUGUGGAAUUCACUAUGAGUACAUCAGCAGAAUUGUUUUAGUCUUGAUUUCAUUCACACCCCUCUGUAUAUAUACAAACAGGGUUAAAUCUUUAUCAGUUCUUUCUUAUUUCAGUGUAGUUUAAUCACAGUUCUGAAGGAAAAGUCACAUUCUCAACUAUGAGGGUGAAUUAUUAUAGGUUAAGUACUGUAUGUGUGAUCUAAACAUGGAAGACAGUAAUGAUAUUUAAAGAGCAAGCCUUUUCUGCUAGUAAGGAAGACAUUCUUUUUCCCUUUAUUGGAGAUGCCACCUUGUACUGUAAUAUUUCUCUUUGGGCAUGAAAACCCAAGAGAACUGAGGUAUUGUGUGGUUGACCAAAUUAUGUUAUAUUUUAUGGCUUGGUUCCAGAAUUCCUAUUUGUAGAACUUAACACUGAUGCCCCUGUUGAGGAAAAGGUGGGAAAGCAAUGUUGGCCAAUUUCUACAUUUUAUGUGCCCCUCAAGACACUGGGAUAAGUACCCUCUGUAACAGUGUAUAAAAUGGCAUUGGCAGUUGAAGGAGACAAUCAGUAGGUAGUGCUUCUUCUCUUCCUUCCUUCCUUUCAUCAGGAGCCCAUGCUUGAAUCUUGAUCUCUUCCACAAAUGGAAAGAGACCUCCUGUGGAUCCAUCAAGAAGGAUUUCUUAGGAUCAUUCCUCAUUGUUAUAUAUGCCACUUUAAUAUCCCAGUUCAUACCUUUAAACAAGUGGCAUAUGCUGACAAAAAUGCUGACAAACUUCAGAGACAUUUUGGAAUAUAAUUAGACUGGGUCUAAUCGUUUUUCUAUCUUCUUCAUUAGGGGUGGUAAUGUUCUGUUGAUAAUGAUGUAGAAGGGUAGACUUAAAAAACUGAGUAGUGCAAUCUAACUUGACAGUUAUAUAUGUUCCCAUUUGAAUUGGAAUCUAGAUCCUUUUGUUUACAUGAACUAAUGGAAUAUGCUGCAUAAAUGGACACUGCAAAUUGAAAAACUGAUACUUGGGUUAUUAGCCCUUUGAACUUUUAUGUGUCACCAGUUUUAUUCAUCUCUUUGGCUUUUCAGUAGAUCUUAGAUUUUCUUCUUUGUUCUAUAAGCUAAGUCAAUCCUCAGUAUCUUAUUUCAUAUAUUUUCUUUUCAAGAAUGUGUGCAUGUGACGUUCAGCAUCUUUACCUAAACACCACGGUACACUACAGCUCAAGAAGGUGCAAAUUAGUGUUUUAUCCCAAUGUUAGUCAAGUAUUUAAUAUGCAUAAUGUUUUAGAAAACAGGUAGCAAAGAAAAUGGUUUGUUUAUAUUGGAAUGCUGAUUUUAAUAUAUGUAAUAUAAAUUGGUUCUUAUAAAUCCAACUGAAAAUAAUUAAUUGAAGCAUCUUCCACUGAACUUAGCAAAUCCUGAUGUUCAUUUUUGAAAUGUUUUGUCUCUUGGCCUUGUCCACAGUCAAGUCUUAACUUAGUUUUAAAAUUGAUAGCUCUCUGUAGUUUUGUAUUUAUGCAAGUAAUUUCCCAUGUUUUUCAUCUCACAUUUAUUUAGCCAAUCACAACUGCUAUAAAUCAUAAAAUAUGGCAGAUGUUAUUACUUGAUCUUAAUUUGCAUUAUAUUUUAUGAUUCAGUUACGGGCUGAGGGAGAUGUGUCAUGUGUAUUAGCGAUCAUUUCUUAUAUUACAAUUCUUCCCUAUCUUCAUCUACUCUGAGUCAGUGUUAUGUACAUGUAGCCCAUUCUCAGUACCUGUAAGUGGUUCUAUCUUGUAAAGAAUUGGAAAUUAAUUUCAUUAUUCUGAAAGAUGGGAGGAUUUUUUCUUGGCUUUUAAUUCUUAGAAGUAUCUACUGUCCAGUUAGCCAGACUAAACUGGACAUUUCUUUUGCUUCUAACUUGUCUGUGAUUAUUACAGAUAAUUUUACAAAUUUAAUUAAGAGAUGAUUGGGGGGGGUUUAAACUCUUGACAGAAAGUUAAAUUGGCUUUCUUUAUAAUGGACACAUAAGUUUCCUUACAUUAUAAUUUCAGUGAUUGCAUUUACUGAACCAAACUUUACUGCUGCUCCCUGAAAAAAAAAUUGUUUGGCUGAGAUGCAUAGAAAGAAAUGUGCAUAUUUUGGCAUUUUGCCACCACGGGUCCCUUGAUAAAUGCAAGGUUCCACUCAGUUCAAAAAACAAGUUUGUCUCUUUACAGCAGGAACUAUGAUGGUAAUACCACUAUGGAAAAAGUCUAUAUUUAGGUUCUUUCUCUGCACACUUAAUAUUUCUGAAUUCGUAUAAUUCCUAUUUUUUAUGAUGGACCUUCAAAUAUUGAUAAAAUAGCAUAAAUCUAAGAUCUUGUUUGAUAUAUUUUUACUUCAAAAGGCACAUGUAAGGUAGAGAACAAUCAGCCCCAACUCUUGACAUUUUGAGAAUAUCGCAGGCAUUUUUGCCCAAUAACUGCCAUGCUGAAUGUAGCCAAUCGCAAAAUCUCAUUCUUGACAGUGCUGGUGAGGCCAAAAAGAAAUUAUCUUGUCCAAGACCACAGGUACAGGACAGACAAUGUGUUUUUGGAUAAUGAGUCCAGAAGACACAAAAAAAUUCUAGCAUUCAUUUCAUAGAAGGUAAAACUGAUAAAGCUCAGAGAAAAUUAAUGGCCAACACGUUGACUACCAUGGAGAUUUGUGUCACAUAUUUUCUUCAAAUGCCUGCAUUAUAAAAAGAAAGAUUCUGAUGUCAAAACCACCACAACAAAACACUUAGCUAUUCACCCAUCUACACUUAAAAGAAGGGGGGGGGAGAACGUAUCAUAAACAAAAUUAAAGAAACAUCCAAACCAGUUAAUACAGGUACUGCAUUGAAAAAUGUGCAGAACAUUGUCUUAAGUGUGGCCCCUUUCUAAGAAUACUGCUGGUAUCACUAUAUUUGCAGGUUUCCAGCAUCUUAUUUUUAAUAUAUUGUUACUUAUUUAAAUACAAAUGGAAAAUAAUUGGCAGAGAGCCUGGCGGUUUAAAGGUUUCUGCAAGCACUGUGAAGGAGCAGCUUUCCUGUGCUGUCUGAAGUGUGUAUAUGGUGAAAUAACAAAUAAUCAAGCUGUUCUGUGUAUUUCCUUUUCCAUGAAUUGGAGUUUCUCUGUAAAAUAAAUCUCACAUUUGUUUUUCUAUGUAAUCAUUUCUGCAAUGAUUCUGUUAACAGCAUUGAAGCUAUAGAUGUUACCAUUAUUUAUGCUUUGGCAUUACUUGAAUAUACAUUAAAAUGUCUGCAUAGGUCAGAUGUUUUGUUAACUUUCCUUAUUUCUGAAUUAGUAAUUUAGUUCAGAAAGUUCUGGUUCCAAGAGGAUUAAGGAAAUAAACCAAACCUUUGUAGCUGAA